CCUAAUGCAAAUGGAUCGAAAAAGCUCCGUGGCACAGCCCAAUGAACCCAAACAACAACAAACAACCCCCCCUCUCCGUUUCACUCAUAUAUAAGACACAUAUCCCACAUAAAAGGUUCCUCUUUUUUAUAAUUCUGUUUGAGCUUAAGAAAAAGAAAAAGAAAAACAUAAACCGAUAUGGCCACAAAUCCGCUUGCCCAGAUUGAAUCCAUUAAGGCCAAGAUUGAACGGAAUGAACAAAUACGUGACAAAGCGAUCGAAAUGGGUCGACUACUUGAAGACAAGACGGCCAAGGAGCAGUGUGAGACACAAAUCAAGGAGUCUGAAAAAUACGUGGCGUAUCUCCACGAGGAACUCCAACAGCUUGUGGAGAACACCAGCACGGGUUUAACAGAAACAGAAUCAUGUACCAGCGCUAGCUGUAGCAGUAGUAGUAGCAGUGGCCGAUCAUUGGUGAAACGUAUGUCUGUACCUGUUCCAUCUUUACCGACAAUAACGACAAGUUGGACUGGCGGUAGGACACCAAGAACAAGUCGCUCAGAUGAUACCAAAAGGAGAAAUGAUAGAAGAACGAGUCUUGAUCUCCUAAAAGCUAAUAACCCUAUCAAUCGUGAUCGGAUCACGGUGAUGCUGCACGAUUUGGAGAACAAGUUGCGGUUACUGCAAAGGGCUCAAGCUGACGCUCGAAGGGUUUCGACAACGGUAACCGCAAAUACUGAUUUGCGAUGGCAUAAAGAUGCGCAUAAGAAACGAAUCGACUGUCAGGAGAAAAUUGUGCUGCUGAAAAAAGCAAUUCAAAAGUACAAGAAUAUCAACAUUGAUGGCAUGGAUUCUACGAGUUCAGAACUGCGACCUUCUGUUGGUAAAACGACCACGCUUGUUCCGGCAGCAGGAAAGUUACGGAUAAAAGUACUGGAGGCCCGCGAGUUGACACAUGCACCAGCACACACAUUUCCAAUCACCCAGACAUACGUUGCAGUCAGGGUCACGGGUCAGCGUGAAUACAAAACAAAAAUGUCGCGUAACGACACAUGGAUGGAUACGUUUGAAAUGGAUGUCAACAAGGCCGCAGAAAUCGAGCUCGUCAUCUACGAUGCGGCCGGCGAUCGGAAUCUACCCAUUGGAUUGCUAUGGUUACGAAUGGUUGACAUUGCAGAGGACCUUCGUCUACUAAAAAAGAAGCACCACGAGUCACCAUCGUCAUCAUUGAGCAAUGAUAGUCAUGGCAACGGAAACAGACAUAGUAACGGAACCACCAAUGGCACAGAAAGUAAUAGCAAUAGCGAAACGGACAGCUCACAAGAAAGCAGUGAUGCAUCGAGCAUCGUGUCUACUACGGAAGGAUUUUCAGAAUGGUUCAAUGUUGAGCCUUUUGGGCGACUCCACUUGCAUUUAAAUUUUGUACGCAAGGAAGCCAAACGGAUUGGACCAAUCAAUAAACUUCGGAGAGCUGGUGCGUUUAAAGAGCGAGAAGGCCAAGUUCGUUGUGAAAAUGGACACGAGUUCGUCUCUGGAAGAUUCUACCAAGUCAUGCGUUGUGCUAUAUGCAGAGAUUUCAUGGUGUAUAUGACAUAUCGCUGUUCAGCGUGUCAUAUGGCAUGUCACAAGGACUGCUGCACACGUAUGGCUGCCAGAUGUCUUGCUGUGCCUGACCAGCGGAAUGACGUUGAUGAUUUCAAGUACAAUAUUCCACAUCGGUUGGAAAACAUCACACUGAUCGGAACGAACUGGUGCGCACAUUGUGGACUUAUCUUACCCUUGGGCUACCGUGGAGCUAAAAAGUGUACAGAAUGUGGCAUUGUAUGUCAUCCUAGCUGUAAAGACUUUCUUCCUGACUUUUGCGGGAUUACGUUGGAUAAAGCGUACGAAAUGUGGAAGCAAUACAAAACGACCAAUGAUCGCCGGCGAUCUUCCCAACUGAACAACAUAUUUGUUCGCCUGCAAAUGGCAGAUUGCCAAGGAAACUUUGCAGAAGGAGUACAGGCAAUGAUGCAUGAAGACAAAAACAAUGACGAUGAGAAUACAGCAAUUGGGAGUGAGCCACAGAGUCCAGUAACAACCACCACACCAACAAUACAGCAACAUCUACCAUCGCAAUUUUCUAUUUAUCGAAUGUCAACUCCAAUGCAAUUGAAUCAACGAACCAGUCUAGAGGAUUUCAACUUCUUGGCCGUUUUAGGCCGUGGAAAUUUUGGCAAGGUCAUGCUUGCAGAGAACAAAUAUACCCGGGAACUCUAUGCAAUUAAAGCGCUCCAGAAAAAGGCAAUCAUUGAAAAUGAUGACCUUAAAAGUAUCAUAGCCGAAAAAGAGGUUUUUAUCGGAGCGAACCGUGAAAAGCAUCCAUUUUUGGUUGGCCUUCAUUCUACAUUCAUGACAGCAUCAAGAGUAUUCUUUGUGAUGGAAUAUGUUCCUGGAGGCGACCUUAUGCUACAUAUUCAAGGGUCUCGUUUCUCCGAGCCACGAUCAAGAUUCUACUGUGCCGAGGUUUUGCUAGCACUUGAGCAUUUGCACAGUAAAGGAAUCAUCUAUCGUGACCUUAAAUUGGACAAUGUUGUGCUUGCGGUGGAUGGACAUAUCAAAUUAGCAGAUUAUGGUCUUUGUAAGGGCGGAAUGAAAACUGACGAUGACACUACGACUACUUAUUGUGGAACACCCGAGUUUAUGGCACCGGAAAUUCUCAAGGAUACAAAAUACACACGUGCCGUUGACUGGUGGACCCUUGGAGUACUAUUGUACGAAAUGAUUGUUGGCGAGGCGCCUUUCAAAGCAGAUACUGAAAGCGAGCUGUUUGAAGCAAUCAUUAACGACGAGUUGGAAUGCCCUGCAUUUAUGAGUCGAGAUGCGCAAAAUAUUUGCCAUGCGUUGUUGCAAAAAGAUCCUUUACGUCGUCUGGGUACAGGUCCGCGUGGCGCUGUAGAAAUCCGAGCACAUGCAUUCUUUCGACAAGUGAAAUGGGAUAAUCUGUUAGCUAAGCGCGUCAAAGCACCGUUUUUACCCACUAUCAAAGGCCGUGCAGAUACAUCCAACUUUGAUCAACAAUUCACAUCUCAGUUCCCAGUACUCACACCCGUGGCAACAAUGCUUUCCGCCACACAACAGCAAAAUUUUGAUUAUUUCCCAUACAUAUCAGAUUGGGCUCUUUAUGACAACCCCGACUCGACACCGAUGGUGGUGGCGACAACAGCAGCAGCAACAACAACAACCACAUCCUGAAAAAGGUGACAGAAUUAAUUAUUUAAUAGCCAUCAUCUGUGAUGUUCAGCAUAUAUGAGCCAAAUUUUUGGGUGUGUUGUUUUCUUCUUCAUUUCUAAUUACAAGUAGUUCAAAAGAUGGUCGUACCCUUUGUAAUUGUUGAUAGUAGUAGAACUCAUUACCUCUCUGAAUUAUACACGACGCUCAUUGUAAGCCCAUUACUUUCACAUGAGUAUACAGUAUGUGCUAUUAUACAUAACUGCA